ACACAAAGCAAGGUGCGCUUUCGGUAAUUGACUAUUAUAUGAAUUUGAAUGGCUUGUGGAAUGAGGUGGAUCAAUAUAAUCUGAAUUUUAAGAUGGAAUGUCAUGAGGAUAAUGCUACAUUGAGACAGUUUAUCGAGAGAUCAAGAGUCUUUAAGUUUCUUUCGGGUUUGAACUCGGAGUUUAAUCACAUUCGAGUUCGAAUUUUAGAAAAGGAUAAACUACCUUCUCUUUUGGAGGCUUUUAAUAUCGUUCGUGGUGAAGAAAGUCGUGUCUUGGGCUCUGCAAAGAGUAGCAGUGAAGAUUGUUGGUGUGGUUAUUGUGGGAAGUCGAAUCACAAUAUCGAGAUGUGUUUUAAACUUCAUGGAAAGGAGAAGGUACUUGCACGCGUUGGAGGAUUCAAAGGUUUAUCAAAGAAGGGUACUAAUCAAUCAGUAAAGGAUUCGGAGAUUGUGAAAGAUGGCAUAGUUUUACCACAAGGUGAAGGGAUGUUUUUGAAACCACUUAGUAAAGAAGAGUUGGAAAGUUUACAGGCUCUUAUGGAUUCUCUUAAUAAACCUUCUAGCACUUAUUCUGGAUUUUGCUUCGAGGAAGACGAUUGGAAGUGCUAAGAAGAAGGAUAGUGCAGAUAUAGAUCCUUUGCAUUAUAAAGCUGCUGCAGAGGAUACAUUUCGAGUGAAGUAUAGGGUUAGGCUAUUUCCAACAUGAUGAAAAACAG